AUGGAGCUAGUUCGGGAAUGUGUUGUGAUAGCGCUUUGCUGUGUAGCGUUUGUUGCACCGCAGGAAGCUGUGAGUACAGCCUGUGGUGUGGACUCUGUGGCUGUGAGGGUGUUGCUGGAUUACUUUCGACCAGCGUUACCUCUGGACCCGAGUGGCCUCCUGCUGGGAACUUGCCCUCCAUCCAGCAGCAGUGCCGGUAAUAACAUGGUGGUGUUCCAGUACGGCCUGCUGGACUGCCGCUUUAUGCGCAUGGUUACUGCCAACAUCACCAGUUACAUGAAUGUGCUGACCUACAAGCCCACCCAGAGUGGCUUCUACCAGUCUCCAUUCAAUCAGGCUGUUGUAUGCACCUAUACCAAACCUGCUGGCUGGACUCCUCCAGUAUAUAACCCUGCACUUGGGGAUGCCUCUGGAUUUGGGAAGCUGGAGUUUACCAUGGGGAUUAUGAAUGAUGACUUCUCAGCCUCACGCACCUCCAGUCUGUUCUUCCUGGGGUCGCCCAUCAACAUCGCGGCUGCAGUGAAGCAGCAAUUCCACAUGGCGCUGAUGGUCUACAUAGAAGCGUGUGUCGCUGCCAGCACUCCAGCGCUGAGCCCUUUAAGCCAGACCUACCCGCUCAUCACCAACCGCGGAUGCUUUGUAGAUAGACAGGCUGGUAACUCCAGGUUCCUGCCCAGAGUCCAGACCUCUGAGAUCCGUCUGGUUGUCCAGGCCUUCAGGUUUACACAACUGAAUACAGAUGUCUAUAUCCAUUGCCGGCUACUGGCCUGGGACCCUGCCCAGCUCAAUGACCCCACCAAGAAAGCCUGUUCAUUCAACCAGAGAACCAGGAGCUGGGAGCUCCUGGAUAACCCUGGUCUGAGCUCUGUGUGCAGCUGCUGCAAUUCCAACUGCAAUAUAAGGAGGAGGAGGGACACGGCUGAAGAGGGGCUGACGCACACUGCAGUGCUGGGACCCCUGAGGAUCCUUCCUGAGGAGCUGUCUGCUGGAAGCUGGGAAUUCCACCAGAAGAGCCCUGCUCUGUCACUGGAGGAACCCCAGCAGGCUGUAGCCUGGCUGCCUGUCCUGGCUGCUCCCCUUCUCCUGAUGGCUCUCCUGGGAGCCCUGUCUCUGGGCUACUACAUGUGCGUGUGGCAUCAUCCCAGACUCUGCUCCAAGUCCAGCAGGGAGCUCCUCAUUCCUGCCUCCACUGAUGGAAUUCACACAGUCGGCACAGUUUCAAGCAUCUUGUCAGCACAGCAGUAA